AUGUGUGUAGCGCUGCUACGGGCUCUCGGGAACAAGGAUUUUGGAGACUUGGACAAGAAAUUGUCACCAAGACUGUGUGCACGAUUGCACCGAUAUUCGUUGAAUAACGGCUUGCUAUAUUAUAGCACCGAUUCAACGGAUCCACCACGAAUUGAGGAGCCUGUGAUUCCAUCUGAACAGCUUCAACUCAAGCUUAAGCAGAAGUACGAAAAAAUGGAGAAGCAGCGUGAGAACUCGGCGCGUGUGGACUCAAUUUUGAUUCAGCUUAUGAAAAGUCAUGCUCCGGAGAUUGCUGAAAAACUAGAGAUGAAGAAUAAUUUAGUUACACCAACAAUGUCAGAAAACCCAGCAACAGCGACGCGCGAGACUGAUGGUAGUGGUGUCGAGAAUGUCAAGCGGCAAAAGGUUGCUUAA